AUGAUGGAGUGGCGGCAGCAGCAGCCGGUCGACGCCGGCGUCGAUCAUCGUCAGACCCAGCUGGGAAGCGGAGGAGGGAUUCACAACAAUGCGGCGGCGCAGGCGCUGAUUGGAAGUGGGUUAGGUGUUAAAGUGAUGACCGACGAACAAAUGGAGAUUCUUCGGAAGCAAAUCUCCGUUUACGCCACGAUUUGCGAGCGGCUCGUCGAGAUGCACACAUCCUUCGCCCUCAAUCGCCCUGAAUUUUCCGGUAUGCUUCCAGGGAAUGCUUAUGGCGACCCUUUAUCAUCCUGCGGUCCAUCCAGGAUUCCUUCAAGGCAAAGAUGGGCGCCAAAGCAGGCACAACUGCAAAUCCUCGAGCGCAUCUUUGCGCAGUGCAAUGCAAAUCCAAGCAAAGAAAAGAUCAAGGAGAUCACCGCCGAGCUGUCCAAGUACGGUCAAGUUAAAGAAGCCAGCGUCUACAACUGGUUUCAGAACAGGAGGGCUCGCUGCAAGAGGAAGCAAUCAUCAGCUCCAGGAGCGCCGAAAGCUGUUAACUUUGAUGUUGAAGCAGAGCUGGAUGCUGGUGCCAAGGAGAAGGAGAAGGAGAAACCAGCAGAAGAUGAGAACGAGAAUGAAAACGAGCAGCUUAUCGUCGAUCAGCUCUACUUCCACAGUCCAGAGAUCGGGAUUGACCAACUGAUUGGCAAAUUAGAGGUGUGUGAAGGGUACAAUUUAUACUGGCAGGACCAGCAAAAUGGCUUCUCCUGA